CCCCAACCACUCUUCUACCAUCCACCAGUACACCUUAAAUGUUUUGACCGCACGCCUGAGCUAUAAAUAUCUGUUGUGUCUUGCCUCUUCUUCUUACUCUUCAUUCCUCAUCUUCCUGUCUAUUGUGUCUUGCCUCUUCUUAUUACUCCUCUUUCUACACGAUGGAACAAGACCCAAAUCCAUUCCUCCGCCAUUGCAAAGGUCAAAGCAACAACUCUGGCAGCUCUCGUCCUCUCAUUCCUGGCCCGGCUGGCGCCAUCCAGGCUGCCAUGUAUGCCCGUAGAUCCACCCCUAACACACCACUCAUUCCGACCCAGGAAAUCGUGAGGCGUGUGCUAGAUCAUGGAUCAACCGAAACCGAUCCUGAUUUCAACUCACAUGCUUGGCUAUCAGCCCUGCAAGAGUGGGGAAUAGCCACUCCGCUGGGCUCUCUGACAGCGAACGUUGAGAGGGUGGAGAAUGUUGUUGCUGUUAUCAAAUCUUGCACUCCCAAUGGGUUUGGAGAUGCGAAAGUUACCCUCAAGGACCCCACGGGUGCUGUUGAUGCUAGCAUCCACCGCAAGGCAUUUACUCACAGUGAAUUUGCGAAUGACAUAACUGUUGGAUCUGUUCUCGUUCUCCAAAAGGUUGCUGUGUUUGCACCUAGAGGAACUGUUUGUUAUCUUAAUAUAACAUUGCCCAACCUAGUGAAGGUAUUCCCAAAAGAUUGCGGACCCCAUGACUUCAUCGAUAUCACAGAGGAAUAAUUUUGUUUUCGGUGUUGCUUAUGUUUAAUUUGGUUGUGUAACCGU